UUGACACGCGGAAAAAUGUAAGUUUUUUGUUCACAUACAAAUAGAAAUAGACCAAAAUAGUUUGUGUUGUCAAAUAAGCUACUUAAAUAAAUAUUUAUACUGUUCCACCUAUAGCCUAGGAUAUAUUUUUUAGAGUAAAAAUUAAACUUUUUUUCGAAAAAUAAUUUGAAUUUCAUGUUUUCAGGGGUCAUAAUCAAAGCCACUCUGAAAAAAGCGACAAAUCGAUUGGUGAGUUUUUCGGGGUCUUUUGAGGGAAAAUUAUUGAGAAAUGACACUUUUUUUUGAAAAUAGUGGUAGAUCAAAAAUGUUUCUGAAAAUAUAUUCUAUAAAUCCAAGAAAACUCCUAGAAAAAUAACUUGAUCUAGAAAAAAUUUGAAAUUUUUUACAUCGAGAAAAAUGUACAUGAUUAUAAAAGUCAUGUCAUAAAUUUUUCUGAAUCCUAUAAUUUUCUGUACGAAAAAUUCCUAUUAGAAUUUUGAAAUUCACAAAUUCCUAUACCUGAAAUAAUGUGUUUUUCCACCAGAAAAAGUGCCAUAAAUUUUCCUGAACCCUAUAAUUUCAUAAUCAAAAAUGAGAGGUUUGUCUGAAAUUCCAGAAUUUCAGUUUCUCUUCCAAGUCUUCAGGAAAAAAGUUUCAUCAUCCUCAAAAAAGCAAAAAAUCGAGAAAAAACAGAGCGUUCCACUUGACAUUCAUUCUUUCUUUCCCACUUAAAAAAAACUCUGAACAUACUUAAAAAUAAAUAAAUAAUUUUUGAAAAGUUUUGAAUAUGAAAUGAAGUAGAAAUUCAAAAAUCUGAAGAAAAAAGAGCAUUUUUAAAGGAAAAUAAUUUUGAAAGGUACAUUUUUCUGUUGGGGAAACAAUUCUAAAAAUUUUAUGUAGAUCAAUUUUUUUAACGAAAAAAAUUUAUAAAGCUUGUAGAGAUUUCGAUGUUAACAGUACCUUCAAAAGAUUUUAUAGAGAUCUGAAAAAAUAAAUUUUGAUUCUGGAUUUGGUGAAUAUGUUUUGAUCUACCUUUUUUGCAAUAUGUUUGUAGAUCAAAUUUCUGCGGGUUUAUAGAAGUUUUUUUUAAAGAAAAAUUCCAAACUUCUGAAUUUUAGGAUAUUAAUCAAUCGAUAAUAGCAAGUUUUUGUAGAUCAAAUUUUUUUCAAAGGAACAUGCAUAGGUCAUUCACAAUAAUAGCUAAACAUAAAUAACUUUUGUGCCUUUCCAAGUACAUAUGGACAAAAUAGAAAUUAUGCACAAAAUUCUCAUCAAUCUAAUUCACUCAAAAACUGACCAGCAUAGUCUAAUCCCCCUUUUCUCUCUCUCUCUCUCUCUUUCAAAAUAAAAAAUUCAAUUUGUGUUCUCUUUUGCCUCCUCCCAUUCUCUUUGCUCUUUUUUGGACUAGAUUUGCUCUAAUCCUCCAAUAUUCAUAUAAUAUUUCCAUUUUUCAUUUUUAUUUAUGCGAAUGGUCUAAACUCGAACGAGGAAAAGGAAAAGAUAUUGAAGAGGGAUGAUAGAGACGCAGAAGAGGUCACAUAUCCUUCUUUCUCCCCCCACAUCGUUCUUUUUUCUCCCCUUUUUACUUUCCAUUCAUCCCGCCACCCAAAACUAGUUAAAUCGAAGGUUUUUUCUUCUCCCAAUAUACAUAUUAUAUUAUUGACUCUUUUGCGCCAAAUCAAUUCAACCAGAAAUGACCUAUUUUACCUAACCCUUUUUCUAGUUUUGAUUUUUUUUUCAGAAUUUUUUCCCGUGAAAUUUUUUUGGGGUAGAUCAAAAAUAUUUUUUCUUAAUUUUUUUCUGAAAAUUCCUCUCUAAAAAUAUUCUCGGCUACAAUUUUUUGAAAUUAUUUGGUGGAAAAUUUUGAGUCUUGAAAUUUUUUUAAAUUUUUUUUAUUGAAAAAUACCAGUGAAAAAUUUUCUGGCUGGAAGUUUUCUGAAGUUUUUUUUGAAAAAUAUCAGUGGGAAAAUUUUCUGACUAGAAUUUUUCUGAAAUUUUUGCUCUGGAAAUUUACAGCCUUGCGAAUUUUCUGAAUUUUUUUUGAAAAAAGAUUGGCCCAGCUCCGAUUUUCAGAAGCCCUUUUCAGAAGAGAAAAUUCCUGGUUUUCAAGAUCUGGAAAAGUUAGGCUAACUACUCCAACUUGGUCCAAUCUACUUUUUUUCUCGAAAAUCCAAUUUCAAUUUUUCUCCUAACAAAAAUUUUCCAUUGUUAUUUUCAUCAUAAUCACAUUUCAUUUUUUGUAUCAAAAAAAAUUCCAGUUUUCAAAAUAUAAAAAUGUAUGUAUAUAGAAAAAUUUGAUACUAUACAACACAAUUUCAUUAUUUGUUUUUCGAAGCGAAAAAAAAAUUCCGUUUUUUGACUAGUAGUUUUGAAUUAUUCAGAAUUCUGAAUAUGUUUUUCUUCACACUUUUUUCUGAUUAAAUUUAUAUUUUUAAAGGAGCAUGCUUGAGUUAGAUUUGCAGGUUUCCCCUACUAGAAAAAUCAUAGAAAAAAUGAAAUAAUAGGGCUAUUAUUCAGAGGCAACUAACUUUCACACAUUUUGGAACAAUCUUACGACCUUGGAAGUUUAAUUUUCUGCAUGGGUGGUAAAAAAUCGCAUCCAAACCCUAUUUUGCCACAAAGAAAUUAUGUUUGAUUUUGUUUUUGAAACAUUUUUAUGAUGUUGUAUACACGCAGUGUUGAUAGGAUUAAAUUUGGUUUGCCUAUUCACUGCGCAAUUUCUAUUCCUGAUUUUUAUUUUCUUUUUUGGCAAUUCGCCUGGGGAAUUUUCGGUCAUGAAAUCAGGCUUUAGUUAACUUAAAAUAUAUAUUCAAAAAAAUUUUUUUUUGAAUUUUCAAAAUUUGACUAAUGAAUCAAUUCAUCUGAAGAAAUUUUAAAAUAUUUUUGAUCUACCGGAAAAUGUUUUUUAAAAGUUUUAACUUAAAAAACUUAAAAGUUUUGUGUUGUUGUUGUUUCUAUUUCCUCUUUUACUUCCAAAAAAUCCAAACAAAAAAGUAGUAAGAAAAAGCACUUCUGUCCUUCUUCUUCUUCUUCUUUUUAUUCCAUUCUGUGUCGAUUCAAUUAGCAAAGAGGACACAACCAGAAGAAAAAAAAACCACAUGAAAGAAUAGAAUACAAAUGAAAUACAACACUUGUCGUUUUUAUUGCAGACACCAUUUUUAGAGACAAAUUUGUUGUAUAUGUGUUUUUUGUUUGGAAUGAGGGAUUUCGAAAUUCUUCCUUGUUUUUUGUUGGGUGACUCAGCGAUUUCAACAUUUUUUUUUAAAUUUUAUUUUUCAACUGCUGAAGUUCAGUUUUUUUUUUAAAUAUAGUGUAGUUUAAACUGAACUUACAGGUUUUUUAAAGGGACAUCUCAAAUUCCAAAGCUCGAAAUUCUACCCAGGAAAUCAGAUCAAAGUUUUUUUUUUCGAAAUGAAAAAGAAUAAAAUAAACAAUGUUUGAACUUGAUGAACUUUUUUUUUGGGAAAAGCAAAUUCAUUAAUUAGUUGAGUUUUUCUAAUUAGAAGUUUUGAAAAUAGAAAAUUAAUUAUUAAAUGAGCUCAACCAACGAAUUAAAAAAUCGGAAAAAUAUUUUUUUAAAAAUUGUUCAAUUUUUUUGAAAAAGUGAUUAUUAAAUUUAAUUCAAUUUUUAAAAUUUUUCAAAAUUUAUUUUUUUAAAUUUUGCUGCUGAAAUCAAGCUUUCGGACCCUACGCUGUGGAAAAAAUAAAAGUUCUGAUCUGAAAUUUUUUGGGAUAAUUGUGGGAAACGUCUGGCUUCCAGAUUUUUUCUUGAUAUUUUUCCCACAAAUUUUCUACUUCUCUUAAACAUUCCCAAAUUUUUCAUUUCAUUUAAAAAAGGUUAGGAAAUCUAUAAUACCACAAAAGAACUAGUUUAACUCCCCCUCCCAAAAAUCCAAGAACACAAUUUCUUUGAAGUUCUCUUUUUUUCCCUCCCACGAUGUUAUCUAUGUAAUUUGGCUUUCGUUUCCCGUCAGUCAGUCGUUCCCAAUAUUUGCAGAUCAACACGAGAAAAAAAAAUUUAGUUAGUAGUUAGCUAGUAGCAGACUCCGACUCAUCGCAUCGCUAAGGGUGUGGUCCAAUUCUUUUGUAAAUAUUAUAGGAGGUAGAGAAAUAGAGAAAAAAGGCCGUGCAUUGUUUCAUGUGUGAGCACUUUUUUUUGACUUGGGAGGUACAUAUUUAUGUUCCUGCACUACUUAUGAGUUAACUUGAUCUUAUCUUUUUUUGUUAUACUUGAGUGUUUCUUUUUUUCUUGGGCUUGUCAAUGAUAUACUUAACCUCUGUACUUUAUGACGGGGUUUUUAGUGAAUUUUGACUUUGCAAAAAAUGCUCUUUCCGGAAUUUUCAGUUGUAUGAACUACUGAAGCCUUCUGGUGGAUUUUAAAGCCUUCCAAAACCUUCUGAAAGCCCCUAAAGCCUUCUAACGCUUUCUAAACCCCUAAUCUCUGUUAAAAAAAAUUCCAUUUUUUUCUCUGGAAUCUCUUCAUUUCACAUUAUCUCUAAUCUAAUUCGAUUCUUCAUUUUUUUUCUCAAAAAUAAACAAAAUUAAAUCAAACUGUGUCAAGAAUCUUCUCCACUCAUUGUAAAAAAUCCACAUUUUCAACAUUUUUUGUGUGUGUGUGUAUGUUUCAUUCAAAUACAUAAUUUUUAUUAUUUCCUGAUAAUAAUUACGACGCCAGAAAUAUUAUUUUUAUUCUUAUUAUUAUCACAAAAUACCUCAUAAAACAAGGUGAUUUUUCAUUUUUCUUUUUUGCAGCCGGCGACAAUUUUUCGGAUUCAAACGAGUGGGCCGUGACGGGGCUCAAAUUGCCAAUUUCAAAGUCAGAGGUGGGUUGCUUUUUUUGCUGGGGGAAUUUUUACAAGUUCAAAAUUUUGAGAAAAAAAUUGUGAAAAAAGUGGAACAGCUGAAAAUUUGAAUUUCUGGAAACUGUGAAAAGUUUUAUUUUUUUUUUCAAAAUUUGGUGAUAAAUUUUUUUAAUAAAAUUUGUUGCUGAAAACCCUCUUUAAAUUUGGUUUCUGAAAAAAAUUCCUUUGAAAUUCUUGAAAAAAAUAUCGAGUUUUGAAACUUUUCUAAAAAGUUGUUAAUUUGAACUUGAAAUUAUUUUUUAAAGAUUUUUUUUCAAAAUUUUUCUCAAAAAUAAAUCUUUUAUUACUUAUUUUCUUCAUUUCAUUUUAAAAUUGAACUUUAUGAUUUCACAUCAAAAAUUCUGAUCUCCCAACCUUAAUCAUCACCAAUCCAUAACAUUUUCCUCGGAUUUCAGAUGUCCCGUCCACCAGCUUCACUUGACACAUUUCGAACGUUCAAUAAUGACAGCUCAAUGUUCCGAAAUAGCAGGUACGUAUGUGUUGAGACAAGUCUGUUUUGUGUAUUUGUUUAUUGUGUCCGUCCGUUUUUCCUAAUUAUCCGUGUUUGGUUUUUUUUGCUGUGCUGAUGUGAUCAUGUAAUUUUCCAGUGAUUCAAAUAUUUUUAGGGGAUUUGAGAGAGGCUUCUGAUUUUUUUUCUGAAAAAAGGUUUCUUCAAGCAAGAAUAACCAAGGCUUUAAAAUACAGAAUUGGAAUUUUAUACUAAAAAUUUAUAACCUGAGCAAUUGAGUGAUUGAUUUAUUGAUUUAUUAAAAGUGGAGUCUGAGCAAAAAUUAAGUUGUGCUCAUUUGAAAAAGCAUAUUCUAGAUCAAAGGUUUUUCUAGAAGCUUCUCAAAAAUUAGUUUAAAAAUUCAAAUUUCGAAAAAACAAGGAAAAAUGGCAUGAAAUUUCACAAGAAUUUGGAGCUGUGUUUCCAAUUUUUAUGAGAAUUUUCCAAUGGAUUUUUUCAACCAGGAGAUCCAAAUGAAUCGAUUUCUAUGUUAGAGUCCACUUUUAAAAAGGUUUCCAGGAAGCUCACCAAGAAUUUUGUGAAUAAGCCCGGCCCUAAGCUCGACUCUCUGAAGCCCCUUUCAUUUUUCUUACAUGCCGCCUAAAAAGUAUAUAAACUUCAAAAGAAUGUUAUGUAAAUCGCCAGAGACAAAUAAUAAUAGGCAUUUUGUGGUGUUCCUUUCUUCUCCUUCUCACCAGACACCAAAAUCAUUUGUUUCAUUUUCUUGUGUUGUUCCUCACACGGGUGAGCAAUAUAAAUAAUAAUAUUUAUCCCCCCGUUCUCUCUGCCUGUCGUUUUCAUCUGCGUCUCCUAUUGUUUUCUAUUUCUCAAAUCGUUCUCGCGCAACAAAUAAUAAUAUAUACACAAGAAAGAAGGAGAAGAAGCAAAAACCGUCGGUCGGUGCACAUUUUUUCUCACUAUUGUCUUUUUCCGCUUUCACCCUCUCUAUAUUUGGUAGUUUUGAUGUUUGCUUGAUAGGUAUACUUGAAAUCUAGUUGAACUUUGUUUGGAUGGCAAAAAAAACUUCAUAACUUGUGCCAUUUUAUUUGACAGUUUCCGGUUUUUUCAGUUUUCUGUUCUCCAUGAAUUUAAAUUGUUUCAUCAAAGUUUGAAAGUCAAACAGUUUUUUUUCUUCUGCAUUUUGUCUAAAUCUCCCACUCAUCUCAAAAUGUUUAAUUAAUGAUUGAACACUACUAUCAACUCAACUUUAUCCUAAUAUCAAACAAACUAGUUUUUUGCACUCUUUUUACUACUUUUCUUUCGAAAUAAAUUUUCUAUUUAAUUCAAUUUUAUUUUGAACUUGGAAUUAGGUCCAGAAUAAAUUGAACAUGGAGAGAAUUUGCAUAUUCUAGUGAAUUUUUUGUGUUUUUUUUUCGUAUGGAGUUUGAUCUACUAGAUUUUUCAUUUGAUAGAAAUUUUUUUUUGAGUAAAUUCGAGCUGAUAAUCAAUAUUUUCAGUGAUUGUAAAGAUCUGAAACUCACCUGGAAUUCAAUUUUCCGAGGAAAAAAUCGUUCAGGGGUGGUUGAUUUACGAACUAUCAUUUCCGAAAAAAAAUUCAGAGAUAUUUGAAAAAAAUAUUCUGUUUUUUUUUGAAAUUUAGUUUUUAAAAUUUUUUUUUUUAAAUUUAAAGGGCAAGAUAAAUUAUAAAUUUAUAAAUUUUCAAAAUAAAAUUUGUGUUCAAUUUUAAUUUCUAUGAUUUAUUGUUUCAGAAAAAUUGAUUUUUAAAAAAUAACUUAUUCUUUUAGUAACUCUAUUAACCUGAGCAACGUCCUAUUCUCAGAUUUUGGAAAAUUUUAUUUAUGUACUGAUGAGUUACAGACCUUCAGAAUUACAGUCAAAUUUUAAUACAAUUUUAGAUUUUGAUCUUAAUUGAGAUAGUUUUCCAAAAUUCAAAGCAGCUUCUUAUUCGCCUCAAAAAUUCCGGAUUUUCUCUCAUUUUAUAUUUUGAACAAUCUAUUAAACAUAUUUGUUUGUCACAGAAAAAACUCGCCAGAAAAUAAUAUAUGAGCUCGAACAGCAGAAGAGAUACAUAAUAAAUCAGAGUUGGACACCCGUAGAAACAUGUCAAGUGACAAAGAUUGAACACCUACCCAAACUUUUUUCCCAAAAAAAAUAAUGGCUCACAGAUUUUCUUGGCCGGCCACUAGAUGAUCAUCAAUCUAAUGAUGAUAGGUGUAUAAAUCAUAUUUGUGUGAAAUGUGUAAAUCUUUUUCACUUUAUUGUUGAUGAACAGCCGGCCUCACAUCACUCAUUCUCGCACGAAUUUAUUCUUUUGUCGAGCUUGAACUUUCUAUUAUUUUUUUAUUCAAUAUAUUUUUGAUCUACAAAUUUUUUCCUGAAAAAAUAUCAAGAAUGAUCUUCGGUGAUUUGAUUGAUUUAAAAAAGCGACGAAAAAAAGUGCUUCCUCGUCGACGUCACAAAUCAAAAUCGUCAACAAAUUGGCCAGCAAAAAAAAUUAGUGAGACAACCUGGUCGACUUCGACAAUAAGUUUACCAUCUGCCACCACCUCACAAUUGGCACCAAUCCACUAUUUACAUCAGAAAUUGGCGGAGAGCAUUUUUUUCAUCAGCGCUACAAUUGAUUCAUUGUGAGUUAGGAGUUGAGUGGAAUUAAUAUUUAAUUUUUUUUUGAAACUGACAUUGAAAAAAAAUUUUUUUUUGGAACUCUUUCAAUUUUCUGUUGGUUUUUUUCCCAAUUUUCAUUCAGGGAAAACUUGAGAUCUAAUUAUUUUCCACACAAAAAUCCAUGAAUUCAUUAUUCAAUUCUUCUCCAAUUCAAUGAACCAUCUGCUCAUUUUUUAGUGCACAAUAUUCUAUUGGGACCAAGAUAAAUUUCACAAAAAUCUGUACUCUCUUCACUUCCCACACUCUCUUUAAAAAUAUUUUUUCCAUAAUACUAAUUAGGGUAAGUCACAUUAUCGAUUAGACGCGAUCAAGAAAAUCUUCCCAAAAUACCGUCUCUACUCUCUCUGUGUCUCUCCAAGACCCACACUCUCUCGCUGCCUAUCUCAUGGUGUCAAAAUUUUGAUGGUCAUAAAUUAUAUUGAUCACCGAAAAUUUAUGUUUUUUUCUGUCUGUGAUAAAAUUUUGAAUCUAAAUUUUUAAAAUGUUGAAAACAUUUUCCAUAUUAGAGGGAAAUCUCAUCUCCCCCGUGUCCAAUUUUUUAUAAUGGACGCUAAAGUGCAAAAAAAUGAAUAACCCUACCUAGCCUUCUUUUCCCCCCUGGAAAAUUCCUCAUAGUAUAUUCAUGAAUCAUCUGUCGUCAACACGUCCUGUCCCUGUCUCCCAUUCAUUUUUUUCCCCUCAAUUUUCCGCUCUCUUCGUAUAUGUAUGUUUAUUUGUCAAUUGUUUCGAUAUUGUUGUUUUGUUUUUGUGCAUAUAUGAAUACUAGUAUAGUGUGGUAAUGGCUUGGCGCCGGGUUGCAGCCGAUUUUUUGAGCCGAGCUCUGAAAUUUGGAAUUCGAAGUUUUGAGCCGUCUUGACAAUUUUUAAACAAUUUUGAGCCAUUCAUAGGCCGACUUUGAGCUGAUUUUGAAUCCGGAGCUAAACCGAUUUUUAUCCGGUUUCCAGCAGAAUUUUUGAGCCGAUACGGAAUCGAAGGUUCAACUGGUAGCUCUUAGAAUUUUGAGAUCGAUCUGGUCCCAAUUUCUAGCCGAUAUUGUGCUAAAUUUUAAUCAAAUAUCGAUUUAAAUUUCCAGCCGAAUUUUAUAAACCGUGUUCCUAUCGCUUUUUCAAUCGGUUUUGUGAGAGCUUUUCCACAUACCGUGCCAUAUUUUUAUCGGUAAUGAACGAAAUUUUGAACCGAGAUCGACUCGAAGCCGAAAUCAGCACCGAUUUUCUAUCCGAUUUCAAAUUAUUAGGCCGGUAGAUCACAGAGUAUAUAUUGAUCUGGCGUUCGUUUCUUUAAAUCUGUAAGCCCUGAUUUUCCAGCCGGUAUCGCGCCGCUCAUUUUAUUUGAUUCAAACCGGCCAGAACCACGCCGUUGCCUCACUUUCAACAUUCACAUCUUAACAUUUUCACACAAUAAUUUCUUUAUAUUUUUGCAGAGAGGAUCUUGUGGCAUGCAGUUCAACAAAUUCCUUAUUACACCAAUCCAACAACGCAGAUGAAAUGAAUAGUAUGAUGUCGUCAUCGUCAACGACACCAAUAUUCAUUGCACUUUAUGAUUUUCACGGUGUCGGCGAAGAGCAAUUGUCAUUAAGAAAGGGUGAUCAAAUUCGGGUACUUGGUUAUAAUCGAACUGGCGAAUGGUGUGAAGCUCGUUUGUAUUCAUCGCGACGUAGUGAUGCGAGUAGUCAACGACGAGUCGGACAAAUUGGUUGGGUGCCCAGCAAUUUUAUAGCGCCUUUCAAUUCGUUGGAUAAAUAUACGUGGUAUCAUGGUAAAAUUUCGCGUAGCGAUUCGGAAUAUAUAUUGGAAAGUGGAAUUACGGGAUCGUUUCUUGUUAGAGAAUCGGAGACUAGUAUUGGACAAUAUUCGAUUUCGGUUCGACACGAUGGACGUGUUUAUCAUUAUCGAAUUAAUGUUGAUCAUACGGAACGGUAUUUUAUCACUCAAGAAGUCAAAUUCAAGAGCUUAGCUGAACUUAUUCAUCACCACAGUGUGCAUGCAGAUGGAUUGAUUUGUAAGUUUUUUAUUUUUCUGAGAAAAAAUCGGAUGAUUCAGAGAAAAAACAUUAUUUUUACAAUAAAAAAAUUGAUUCGGAACAUAUCAAAACAUUUUUUUCCAAUUUUUUGUAUCAAAAAAACUUUUCGAAAUAUUUUAUAUUGUGUAAGAUUUUGAUCCAAUUUUUUCAAAAUUCUUGAAUCAAGUUUCAUUUUCAAUUUUUCUUUCGAGAAAUAAUCUAGUUUCUAGUAGAGUUCAGGGAUUCAGAAUAUCCGAAUUCAGGGAUUCAGAAUAUUCGGAUUCAGGGAUUCAGAAAAUUCGGAUCCAGGGAUUCAGAAGCUCCAGAUGUUUCUCAUAAAAACACCUCUGGAGAUCUGAAUUUAUUUAAAUACUAUCCGAACUGAUUCUAGCCUUUCGGUGAAUUUUUGAAAAUUAAAAUUCAAAAUGCUUUUCUCAACAUUUUCAAAAGAAAAUUUUUUUGAAAAGUUCCAACUGUGAACAUUUCUGGAAAAUACCCAAAAAUUUUCUAAAUUUCCAAAAACAUAUUUUUUUAGGUUUAACAAUAAGUUAUUGAUUUUUUUGAAGGUGAAAAUAUUGAUUUGAUUCCCGAAACCUGCUUGAUAAAAUUAAUGUGUUUCAACUGGAUCAAUCUUUUUCAAAAUCUCAAAACCACUAUUUUUCAGGCACCCUGAUGUAUGCUGCAAACAAAAAAGACAAAAACCGCGGUGUCUUCUCCUUAUCUCCAACCCAAUCCGAUGAAUGGGAAAUCGAUCGUCAAGAGAUCAUAAUGCACAAUAAACUCGGCGGUGGACAAUACGGAGAUGUUUACGAAGGCUUCUGGAAGCGUCACGGAACCACAGUUGCUGUCAAAGCUUUGAAAGAAGACGCGAUGCCCCUUCACGAUUUCCUAGCCGAAGCUGCGAUUAUGAAAGAUUUGAAUCAUCGAAAUCUUGUCAGAUUGCUUGGUGUUUGCACAAGAGAAGCUCCAUUUUUCAUCAUCACUGAAUAUAUGUCAAGAGGAAAUUUAUUGGAUUAUUUGAGGUAACAGCUGACAAUUUUGAGAAAAAAAACUAAUGUUUUUUUCAGAAAAACCGAUAAAAGUUACCUGCCACCUGUUAUACUUAUCCAAAUGGCCACACAAAUUGCAUCUGGAAUGGCAUAUUUAGAAUCGCGGCACUUUAUUCAUAGGUAUGUCAUAAAAAAGAUCAAAGAUUUUUUUUGUUGGAAAAGUGACGUUGGUAAAAGAAAUUUAUUUAGAAAAAAUACAAGUUUCAUAAAUUUACAAAAAAUUAAAAGAUCUAUGAAGAGUUAACAGUGGUGAUGAUGAUGAUGAUGGAAGGGAUUUAAGUGACUCAUAAAUCCGUGAUGAUGAUGAUGAUUAUGGUAAUAUGGUUGUUCCAUAACAACAACAGGCGGCUGAGCAAUCAUUGGUGCCGCAAUUGGCGCCGCAACAGGCAUAACACUCGGUUGAACGCCAUAACCCAUUCCCAUUGGGUAUGCAGUUUGAGGUGGAUAUGGAUAAGAAUUAUUCAUAUAUGGAUUGUAAUUGUAGGCCAUUGUGUAGUUGAAAAGCAGAGAAAAAUAUAAAACUGAUAAGAAAUGAGAGCGAUUGAGGUGUUAUAUAGUUAUUUUUUGAUUGCGGCUUGUGUAAACAUUCGAGAAAAAUAUUAUGGUCUUGAUCUUUUAGAAUGAAUGACUCAUCGGUUUAAAAUUGUGAAAUUUGAUAAUGAUUCAUAGGGAAUUCCGGAAUUUUAUAAAAAUCUGAAUUUUGAUGAUCAGAAAUUUCAUGCUGUCUGAAUGGAAAAACAAGGGAACUUUUUCUACCCAACACUUAAAAUUUAAUGAUUUUUUGAGAAUCGCAAAGUUUUUUGGAUGAUCCGACUUUCGACCUUGGAGUCAAAAAAUGCCUAAAAUGAGCCCUGGCAGAUAUCAUAGCUCAUUUUAAAAAUGCUCUUCUGAAUUUUUUUUAAAAAUAAAAUUUCAGAAAUUCAUAAGCAUAGUCGAUUUACUAGAAGUAGAUUAACAAAAAACUUUUGAAAAAUUUUGGAAAUUUUUAUUUUUCGGAUGAAAAUUCCAAAAUCAAAAGUUUUUUCCUGAUGCUAUUUGAGUAAAUCGACUACGCUGAAUAUUAUCUGAAAUUCAAUUUUUCAAAAUUCAUCCUGAUUUUUUAACUUUCUUUUUAUCGAAAUGAUUAACAACCUUAUUAGCAAAAGUUAUCAUUUUCUUUUCCCAUAACUUUUGACAAUAUCGAUAUAUCAAAAAACUCUGGGAUUAUGACUCAUUGAACUUUCGAGCUUUCAUAACACUUGAAAUGUUUACACAAGACAUCAGCGUCAAAAAUAACUAUAUAACACCUCACUCAUUCAUCGUUUCUUAUCAGUUUCCUACUCACUUUUGUGAUUUCUACAAUAAUGGCCUGCAACUACAAUCCAUAUAUGAAUAAUUCUUAUCCACAUCAUCCUCCUCCUCAAACUGCAUACCCAAUGGGAGUUGGUUACGGUGUUCAACCAAAUAUUAUGCCUGCUGCCCCGAUGGUCCAACCGAUGAUUGCUCAACCACAAGUUGUUGUUAUGGAAGAAUCUCACCGGCAUUCUCAUAGACACGGUUUAAUGCACCAUAUGAACCCAUUUCACCAUCAUCAUCAUCACCACUAA